CAUUCUGAUUAAAGUUACAAGUAAUAUCUUUACUUGAACGUAGUGUUUAUAUUCUCUUUGACUUUACUGUUUGCAAUUUGCUAAGAAGCCGUAUCGUAUCGUGACUUUCAAAAUUUUCAUACUAACAAAUAUUGUAAAAAUUAGUAAACUUUUAAAUAAUUGAAGAUGGCAACUAGCGUAGUAAACACUUACACAGAUCCUAGCAUGAGCUGGAUGAAUGCCCCUCACAGCACUGGAACUUCCAUCAUGGCCUGCGAAUAUGACAGUGGUGUUAUAAUAGGAGCUGACUCUCGCACCACAACCGGUGCUUACAUUGCUAACAGAGUGACCGACAAGCUCACGAAGAUCACUGAUCAGAUCUACUGCUGUCGUUCCGGGUCUGCUGCCGAUACUCAAGCUAUUGCAGAUAUUGUAACAUACCAUCUUAAUUUCCACAAGAUGGAACUGGGAGAGCCUCCUCUAGUUCAAACCGCAGCAGCCAUAUUCCGAGAGCUGUGUUAUAAUUACAGAGACUCCCUUGUUGCUGGAAUCUUGGUAGCAGGGUGGGAUAAAAAGAAAGGAGGUCAAAUCUAUUCAGUGCCCAUUGGUGGAAUGGUGCAGCGCCAGGCAGUUUCAAUUGGAGGGUCUGGGUCAAGUUAUGUCUAUGGUUACGUUGAUGCCAACUUCAAACCAAACAUGUCAAAGGAGGAAGCUAAGAAGUUCGUCACUAAUACACUCACUUUGGCGAUGCUUCGAGAUGGCUCAUCUGGUGGUGUGGUGCGGCUUGGUGUUAUCUCUGAGUCUGGUGUAGAAAGAUCUGUAGUUCUGGGAGACCAACUGCCCAAGUUCUAUGAAGAUUAAAUAUGCAUUUUUACAUAAAUAUAUUUAAAUACAAAA